CGCUAGAAUAUAGUCUGCCGUGGAUCGUCGGACCGUUCAGUCUUUUUGUGUCGUUCAGUAUCAUCCGAUUCGUGUGAUCGACAGCACAGCCGAAUUUUUUUUCUUUUUUUUCUAAUUCCUUGAAGUAACCAAAAACACAAAUCAAAAUGGCUGAUGAUGAGGCUAAGAAGGCUAAACAGGCUGAGAUCGAGCGCAAGCGUGCUGAGGUGCGCAAGCGCAUGGAGGAAGCCUCCAAGGCCAAGAAGGCCAAGAAGGGUUUCAUGACCCCAGAGAGGAAGAAGAAACUCAGGUUGCUGCUGCGUAAGAAAGCCGCUGAGGAGCUGAAGAAGGAACAGGAACGCAAAGCGGCUGAACGUAGACGUAUCAUCGAAGAACGUUGCGGCAGUCCCAGAAAUCUCAGCGAUGCUAGCGAAGACACACUCAAAUCUCUGCUCAAGCAACACUAUGACAGGAUUAAUAAAUUGGAGGACCAGAAAUAUGAUCUUGAGUAUGUUGUUAAACGCAAGGAUGUUGAGAUCAACGAUCUCAAUGCCCAAGUUAACGAUCUUCGCGGCAAGUUCGUCAAGCCAGCCCUGAAGAAGGUCUCCAAAUACGAAAACAAAUUCGCCAAGCUGCAGAAGAAGGCCGCUGAGUUCAACUUCCGCAACCAGCUCAAGGUGGUGAAGAAGAAGGAGUUCACGCUGGAGGAGGAGGAGAAGGAGAAAAAGAUAAAAGAUGCCGCUGUGCUAAAACAAGCCAAAAAGUAAGAAACCCGACUGGUCCAAGGGCAAGCCCGGAGAUGCCAAGGUGAAGGAGGAGGUUGAGGCCGAAGCUUAAGUGUCCACACGUCCACUAGUGUCCACUGACCCGUGACUCCCGCCCUAAACAAUAAUUGAAAUUAUUUACAACAAUUAUCUGAAGCAAUACAAUUUAUAUAAAUCUAUUAAUAUAUAUAUCUACAAAAAUAUAUAUGCAUGUAUAUAUCUCGCCAUAUAUAUGUGUCCACAAUGGAUUUGAUCAGAAAUGAAGUCAAUAAACAACAACAGCAACAACUUAAACAACUCAAAAUCAAACUCAGACUCAAACUCAAACUCAACUGCUACAAAUAAUUCAGAUCAACGAUUCAAAACAACAACCAAACAUCUGAACAUCUUGAUGAAUUAUUGAUUAUAUUUCAUUAUUUACAAAUUAUAUUUUUUAAUGUAAAUUAAAUUAAAUUACAAAAAAAAAAGAAACAACAGACAGAGUCUCGCACAUUA